GUAUCAGAGCAUCUGUCGUUCGGAGCGGCACUGCUGUGCCCGGAAGGACAUCGCCUCCGCCCGCCCAGCCUCAAACUCCCUUCACUCAUCUCCACGUCGCUCUCCCCUUCUGCUGUGUCUGCCACUCACCAACCUCGCCUCCCACAGGUAUCAGAGCAUCUGUCGUUCGGAGCAGCACUGCUGUGCCCAGAAGACAUCACCUCCGCGCACCAAAGGCUGGUCCGUCCUCCCCUCUCUUUUCCCCACUCUUUUCCCCACUCUUUUCCCCACUCUUUUCCCCUCUCGCUCUAUACACCCUUUCCCACUCUUUCUAUGCGCCCCUCACCUCGCCCGUCUCUCAUUUUGCCCCUCUCCCUCAUGUAUGCACCCCUCCUCCUCUGGCUGGGCUGUGUUCUGACAUUUCUCCCCCGUCUCACAGCCACGACAGCAGUGUUGGACCUGCAGCGAGCCACAGAGAAGCUCAACUGGGCGGUGGACGUGGAUGGCACACAUAGCCUCGUCCUCCCCUCACAUGGUCUUCAUGACCCCUCCCUCCCUUUCUCCCUCCACCAUCCCACAUCAGGGCACGACAACAGUGGCACGACAGCAGUGUUGGACCUGCAGCGAGCCACAGAGAAGCUCAACUGGGCGGUGGACGUGGAUGGCAUGAACCGGGCGGCAAGAGACGCUGGGGUGAUGGUGGUGCACCACCCAAUCAGGCACCACGACGGGCAUGACUUGAGGCGGAAGCUCCCAGUGGCAGUGGGGAUUCUGCACCGCCUGCUGCGCCGGGGCCUGCAUGUGCUGGUGACGGACACAGAUGGGGUGGACAGGGCGCCAGCAGUGGUGUGCGCGUAUCUGCACUGGGUGCUCGCCAUCCCCUUGCCCCAGGCUCUUCACUUCGUGUGUGACGUCCGCCCCUGCCAGCCCAACCGUGCGGUUCUGGGAGUUAAGCUGUGGUGGCUGCAUGUGUUGGUGACGGACACAAAUGGGGUGGACAGGGCGCCCGCAGUGGGGUGUGCGUAUCUGCACUGGUGUUGGCUGCAUUUGCUGGUGGCAGACAGCCCAUCCCAUUCGCCCACCGAUCCUCCCACCCAUCCUCCCACCCAUCCUCCCACCCAUUCUCAGGGCGGCACUGACAGCAGCGACAUGGGAUGGGAUCUGGUGGCCACGACUUCUCCUUGCCCUCUUCCCUCUCCCUACUCAACCCCUCCCGUCCCUCCCAUUCCAUCGUCCCACCCAUCCUCCCACACGUCCCUUCCAUCUUAUCUUAAUUUCAGGGCGGCACUGGCAGCAGCAACAUGGGAUUUGGUGGCCAUGCUGCGGCGUGGGGGCGGCACUGGCAGCAGCAACAUGGGAUUUGGUGGCCAUGCUGCGGCGUGGGGUGCUUCUGGUGGGGGAGCUCUCGGGCGGGUGGAAAAACCCAGUGGCGGCCACUCCAGUUGGGGGUUCCAAGUUUGUUCUCGCGCUCAGGCUGCCCCUCGGAUCGUGAGUCUCUGCUUCUCUCUCUCCUCUUCCGCCACGCCUGUGUGGUGCCGAAAGGUCUGCCUUUUACCAGUCAGUCACCUGCUCAAAGUCUAUUCUCUUCUCUCGCUCACACUGCCCCUCGGCACUGGCAGCAUGCAGCAGCAGACCUGCUUCCUCUCACUCUCUCUCUCUCUCUCUCUCUCUCUCUCUCUCUCUCUCUCUCUCCUCUCUCUCUCAUCUCUCUCUCUCUCUCUCUCUCUCUCUCUGCACGGCACUCCUUUGUGCAUCACCUUCCUCUCACCUUCUUCUCACUUCCUCUCCUGCUACCGCUACAAGUUCAUAGUGGACGGGCACUGGCGCCAUGCAGCGGACCUGCCCACGGAGGUGGACGAGUGGGGCAACACCAACAACGUGCUGCACGUGGGGUCGCUGGCUCGCCACAACAAUGUAAGAGAUCUGCCCACGGAGGUGGACGACUGGGCCAACACCAACAACAUGCUGCACGUGGGGUCGCUGGCUCGACACAACAAUGUAAGAGAUCUGCCCACGGAGGUGGACGAGUGGGGCAACACCAACAACGUGCUGCACGUGGGGUCCCUGGCUUGCCACACCAAUGAUGCGGUGAGGGAGAGGGUGAUAGAGCGCCCUCUCACGGACCUCGAGAGGCGAAUGGUCACCUUCGCUUCGCAGCGCGUUGCUUUUUCCGUCUCACCCAUCACCUUCACGCCCAAGCUCAGACCAGCUCGCUCUUGA